GUCACCCGGGCUGCUGUGAGGAAAUGAGACUGUGGAGAGGGAGUGGUGGGGCGUUGGGGGCAGGGAAGGCCGGUUGAGAUGUGGCGGCUGGCCACUGUUUAGAUGAGAGAUGACAAUUGAGACCCAAAGAAGGAGACAGACAGACUGGCUGGCGGUCGCAGUGGGAAUUCAGACAGGGACAGAGCACUCCUGGCGGAGAGGAGGCUUCCUGGAGGAGGGGCCUGGGCCCGGACACUGGCAAUGUCAGGAUGGGCUGGUGGCGGCUCUCCAGAUGGCACCCCUGUGGGGGAUGUGGGGGGCCCUGCCUGGCCAUGGGGAGACAAGACUGGCCACCUUACCCUGGCACCACCCCUGGGUCCCCUUUGGGCCCAAGCUGCUAAGUAAGUAGGGCACCCUCUCUCCAGGGACCCCUGUCACACUACUUUAUGCUGCUGGCUCCAGCUGGCCCUCCGUGAGAGUGCAGUGCCCAUGUGACCAGAGACCCAGCAGGGGCCGGCACUCUGAACAAAGCAGUCUGCCUGGAACUUAAGUGGCCCUGAAACACGAUCAGCCACCAGAGACUGUCCAGGGAGGUGGUUGUAUUAUUUAUUGACUGGGGCCUGCCCAGUGAAACCAUUUGGGUUUGCCGGACCUGGAAGGAGCCCCCUCAGCAGUGCCUGGGGGCCUUUUGGAGGGCAGGUGGGCGGGGGCCCCAGGGUGCCUGGCACCCUCUCCCCUGGGUGUGGUUUCCUGGAUGCCGACUGAGCAGGGAGGAAGUCAGACGUCAGGACCUGCUGUGGGGAUGGACCCACAGCUCAUCCCCCGGGGCCGCAGAGGCAGGCCAGGCACUGGAGUUCCAGGGACACCUCCGCCCCCUCCACUUUGAGACUCGUCGAGGGCGAGGCCCCCAGCAGUGAGACUGGCACAUCCCUGGACAGCCCCUCAGCCUACCCCCAGGGCCCCUUGGUGCCCGGUUCCAGCCUGAGCCCGGAUCACUACGAGCACACGUCAGUGGGAGCCUAUGGGCUGUACUCGGGGCCGCCGGGGCAACAGCAGCGCACGCGGAGGCCCAAGCUGCAGCACUCGACCUCCAUCCUGCGCAAGCAGGCCGAGGAGGAGGCCAUCAAGCGCUCACGCUCACUCUCCGAGAGCUAUGAGCUCUCCUCGGACCUGCAGGACAAGCAGGUGGAGAUGCUAGAACGAAAGUAUGGGGGGCGCCUGGUAACCCGCCAUGCGGCCCGCACCAUCCAGACGGCGUUUCGCCAGUACCAGAUGAACAAGAACUUCGAGCGCUUGCGCAGCUCCAUGUCAGAGAACCGCAUGUCACGCCGGAUUGUGCUGUCCAACAUGAGGAUGCAGUUCUCCUUUGAGGGGCCUGAGAAAGUGCACAGCUCCUACUUCGAGGGGAAGCAGGUCUCAGUGACUAACGACGGCUCCCAGCUGGGAGCCCUGGUGCCCCCUGAGUGUGGUGACCUCAGCGAGCCGACCACCCUCAAGUCUCCGGCCCCCUCCAGUGACUUUGCGGACGCCAUCACCGAGCUGGAGGACGCCUUCUCUAGGCAAGUGAAAUCACUGGCCGAGUCCAUCGACGAUGCCCUCAACUGCCGCAGCCUGCACACUGAGGAGGCACCGGCCCUGGAUGCGGCGCGGGCCCGGGACACCGAACCCCAGACAGCCCUGCACGGCAUGGACCACCGCAAACUGGACGAGAUGACGGCCUCGUACAGUGAUGUCACCCUGUACAUCGAUGAGGAGGAGCUGUCGCCCCCUCUGCCCCUCUCGCAGGCAGGGGACCGGCCGUCCAGCACCGAGUCGGACCUGCGGCUACGGGCUGGGGGCGCAGCCCCAGACUACUGGGCCCUGGCCCACAAAGAGGACAAGGCUGACACGGACACGAGCUGCCGGAGCACGCCGUCGCUGGAGCGGCAGGAGCAGCGGCUGCGGGUGGAGCAUCUGCCGCUGCUCACCAUCGAGCCACCCAGCGACAGCUCUGUGGACCUUAGUGACCGCUCGGAGCGGGGGUCACUCAAGAGGCAGAGUGCUUACGAGCGCAGCCUUGGCGGGCAGCAGGGCAGUCCCAAGCAUGGUCCCCACAGCGGCGCCCCCAAGAGCCUCCCCCGGGAGGAGCCUGAGUUGCGGCCCCGGCCCCCCAGGCCCCUGGACAGCCACUUGGCCAUCAAUGGCUCAGCCAACCGGCAGAGCAAGUCUGAGUCGGACUACUCAGACGGUGACAAUGACAGCAUCAACAGCACGUCCAACUCCAACGAUACCAUCAACUGCAGCUCCGAGUCAUCGUCCCGUGACAGCCUGCGGGAGCAGACGCUCAGCAAGCAGACCUACCACAAGGAGGCCCGCAACAGCUGGGACUCGCCUGCCUUUAGCAACGAUGUCAUCCGCAAGAGGCACUACCGCAUCGGCCUGAACCUCUUCAACAAGAAGCCUGAGAAGGGAGUCCAGUACCUCAUCGAGCGUGGCUUUGUGCCCGACACACCCGUCGGGGUGGCCCACUUCCUGCUGCAGCGCAAGGGCCUCAGCCGGCAGAUGAUCGGCGAGUUCCUGGGCAACCGGCAGAAGCAGUUCAACCGUGACGUGCUCGACUGCGUCGUGGACGAGAUGGACUUCUCUACCAUGGAGCUGGAUGAGGCCCUCAGGAAAUUCCAGGCGCACAUCCGUGUCCAAGGGGAGGCUCAGAAAGUGGAGCGGCUCAUAGAGGCGUUCAGCCAGCGCUACUGCAUCUGCAACCCUGGGGUGGUGCGGCAGUUCCGGAACCCAGACACCAUUUUCAUCCUGGCCUUCGCCAUCAUCCUGCUGAACACUGACAUGUACAGCCCCAAUGUCAAGCCCGAGCGGAAAAUGAAGCUAGAGGACUUCAUCAAGAACCUCCGAGGUGUGGACGAUGGUGAGGACAUUCCCCGUGAGAUGCUGAUCGGGAUCUAUGAACGGAUCCGUAAGCGAGAGCUAAAGACCAAUGAGGACCAUGUGUCCCAGGUGCAGAAGGUGGAGAAGCUCAUUGUGGGGAAAAAGCCGAUCGGAUCCCUGCAUCCCGGGCUCGGCUGUGUGCUCUCUCUGCCCCACCGUCGGUUGGUCUGCUACUGCCGGCUCUUUGAGGUUCCAGACCCAAACAAGCCCCAGAAACUCGGACUACACCAGCGAGAAAUCUUCCUGUUCAACGACCUCCUGGUGGUCACCAAGAUCUUCCAGAAGAAGAAGAACUCGGUGACGUACAGCUUCCGACAGUCCUUCUCCUUGUACGGCAUGCAGGUCCUGCUCUUCGAGAACCAGUACUACCCCAAUGGCAUCCGGCUCACCUCGUCUGUCCCUGGAGCAGAUAUCAAAGUGUUAAUAAACUUCAACGCCCCCAACCCUCAAGACCGGAAGAAAUUCACCGAUGACCUGCGGGAGUCCAUUGCGGAAGUCCAAGAGAUGGAGAAGCACAGGAUAGAGUCGGAGCUCGAGAAGCAGAAAGGCGUCGUGCGGCCCAGCAUGUCCCAGUGCUCCAGCCUCAAAAAGGAGUCGGGCAACGGAACACUGAGCCGGGCCUGCCUGGACGACAGCUAUGCCAGCGGUGAGGGCCUCAAGCGCAGUGCCCUCAGCAGCUCCCUGCGGGACCUCUCGGAAGCCGGGGUCCAUCAUUAGCAGUCCUCACAUGCGCCGGAGAGCUACAUCAACACGAGAGUGUCCAUCUCGCCCACACCAGACUAUGCCCAACUCAUCUUCCCUCCUGGGCUCCUUAUUCGGGAGCAAGAGAGGGAAGCCCCCUCCCCAGGCCCACCUGCCCUCAGCCGCAGCCCUGCCACCCCCCCACCCACCGGUGGUCCUGCCUCACUUGCAGCACUCUGCGGCUGGCCACCACCUGGGGCCCCCAGAGGGGCUGCCGCAGGCCCCCGUGCACGGGCAUCACACCCAGUACUGCCACAUGCAGAACCCUCCCCCGUACCAUCAUCACCACCACCACCACCCACCCCAGCACAUCCAGCACGCACACCAGUACCACCACGGCCCCCAUGGGGGCCACCCAGCCUACGGGGCCCACACCCACGGCCACCCGCCGCUGCCCUCGGCCCACGUGGGGCACACAGCGCACCACCAUGGGCAGCCCCCUGCCCCGCCGCCCCCCACCAGCAGCAAGGCCAAACCCAGCGGCAUCAGCACAAUUGUGUAGACAGCCUGGGCAGGGGUCCCAGGCUCCCUGAAACAGCUGCACACCACACAGGGCACGCCCGGGGGUCGCCAGCCGCACACCAAACCCGGGGCACUUCUGUUGCCAUCUCUCCCCUCUGCCCCUCACGGCCCAACCGGAGCCCCAGGAGCCCACAGGGCUGGUGUUGUGUGGAACAAAGGCCCAGAUUUCAUUUCUUGUUGGCACCCUGGGCUCUGCUCACCUCAGUCUAAGGGAUGGGUGGGCCUCAGACACCAUCAGCCUUGAAACGGUGCCGCCAGCCAAGUAGUGUUGAACUGCCUCCCCCACUCCAGCUCUCAGCUCCCUGUGCCCUAAUGUACAUGCAUAUGAAAACCCAACCUAGAAAACGAAGAAAUGAGAUACAAAAACAGACAAAACAAACCCCAAAACUUGCUGCAUUAUUGCUCUUUUAUUGACAAUGGGCAAAAAAAUAAGUAGACCUGAUAUGGUUGAUGAAAAUACGUAAGUAAACUUUAUAUAAUAUAAAUAUAUAAAUAUAUAAAUAUAUAUAUAUAUAUACUGUAUAGGUAGUACUUGUGUGUGAAAGGCAGGCGUUUCAGUCCACAUUAGCAAUACCCACCUUACAAGGAGCUCCACUUACCUAAUAGGAAGACAGUACCUUAGCUGGGUGUGUGAGACAAUAGACCAAACCCUAAAUGCUAGGAACAAAUUCAGAUACUUCAUAUUUUCAUACAAAGAAGUCCCUCUAGGACUGGCUAAAAUCUUUACACAAUCAUUACUAACUGUGCCAAGUAACAUAGCAUCUAACUGUUUAAAAAGUCCAGUAUUGCUUUGUAUAAAUCCUUAUUUUAUUAACAGAAUACUAUCAUAAAUAGUAUUAUAAUGCUGUUAUUUCAGGUAAGCAAAUAGCUAAAUUGCAGUACACUCUACAGUAGCAACUCAGGACAGCUGGUUACAAGCUGGUUGUCUUAGGACAUUGGUUACACGGAUUCUUAGACACUUUAAUGGCUGCGAUAACUGUGACUCUCCAUGAUCCAUGUUUCUUUUAUGCGCAUAUGAUUUGACGCACACUCAUUCAGAGUCCUCCGAGAGGGGCACCCAUACACGGCAGAAGUGUUCAUCUCCAACAUGAAAGUGACCAGCUCUCAUCCUCGUCUCCCCAACACCAUAACGUCCUCAUCCCGCCUCCAACCCACACCAGGCCGAAGCCCUCAGAGAGUGUUUUCAUCAGGAACCACUCUCGAACCUGAAGGUUGACUUUAGCGUUUAGCAACCCAGGGCGGUGUGUGUGUUUCCUGUUUUGUUUUCUGAGUGGUAGCAGUGAUCAUCGUAAUUCCAUGUAGCCAUGUGCUAGCAGAACCCCUGUGUCAUCACCGUGGCCCGUGUGACCCCAGCCGACGAGUGCCCGGCGGAGCCCCCGCUGCCUUCCCAUGGUCCAGUGAGCUGCCAGGGCAUCACAUGACUCUCAGCUGUGCUCUUGUCGCUUCUGUGUUGUGGUGACACCAUGCGCUCCCCGGGGCCAGACCUGCACGCGGCGGGUCUGUGCCCGAGUCACCCACGGGCCAUACUUUGUAGUUUCAGCCUUUCGAGCCACUGCAGCCGUCAGUGCUGUGCUCCUAAGCCAUGGGACCCGAGGACUGCCCCCCGGCGCCUGCCCAGGCGGAGGCCCUUUCAGAAAGGGCGAAGCUCACGCCUGACUCUGCGGGCCGCGGGGCCGCGUGCUCAGUGGACAGCGUGGUGAGCCGUGGCCGGACGGCAGGAGGAGAGGGGAGCCCCCUCUGGCCGUGUGUCACCUUGGCUGGCCGGCUGGCCAGGGUUUUGCCGAUUUCCCUCCUCACAUCCCUCCCCGCCUCGGUCAUAUCAUUGAGAUCACCGUACCAGCAAAUCUGCAAACCAAGCACUUUGUUAAUCUCCACAGAGAGCAAAUACAGCAAUCUAGAGUUUAGCCUUUUUAAAAAUGUGACUUUAACCCGCCCACCUGUGUCCUCCCAUUGGCGUGGCAUUUCUUUGGUGUCUGCUCAGAAAGAAACAGCAUGGGACCGUGUGAUUGGGUCCAGUCUGGACUGUCAGGGAAGCGCCCUGGUGUCCCCGACUCAUCAAUUCUUGGGUCUUUUUUAAAAGCCAGGCUCCCCAAAGCACUCUCUGUCUCGCAAUUUUGAGAAGGUGGUUCCGACCUGGAAGCGUGAAACUGCUGCAUGUCAUCUGGCGUCAGCUGUGAGGCUGCGCUCUGCGUAUUGUGCGUUUGCAAAAUGUAUUGGUGUGACUGUAAACACAUCGUUGAAGUAAAGCGAUUACAUAUUGAGUAUGUCAGCUUUUCUCACCCUCUUCUGUGCCGGGAGGAGAGUCUAACUGUAACCUUUAGGUUGUUCCAGAAAAGAUUCAGGCCGUUUGGCACAGAAUUGCUCUUUCUGAAGGGUAGCAGUAAUGAAUAGGAACAGACAGAAAACCCCAGGAGGGGCUUUCAGGAAACUCUCCCUCUCCAUCGCCAUCCUGCAAGCUCCACAGCCUCGGGCUGCCAGCCUGUGGCACUGUCCUCGGUGUGUCCUGGAGCUGUGCUGGGCAGCAGGGCCUUGCGUAAGGAACUGCUGGAACCCACUGAGCCCUUCCCGGGGUUUCCCGCCGCACUCAGUGUGUUCCUUCAGGCUAGUGAGGUUUCAUCCUGUUUUAUUUGCAAGCUUAUCAAAAGUUUGUGGAAGAUACAUUGUUGGGUUCCAGAGGCUGGAGUCAUGCUGCCCACAUCUUGUUUGGGAAAGCAAAAGCUCCCAGUGAGCUGGUGUCCCCAUGUGUCUUUCAUGGGACUGUCCCCUUUAGAGAUCCCCACCUGUCAGAGCCACAGCUUCGGGGUCCUGUCAUCACAUCCCCUGGGAGGGGAGGCAGGAGGCGGCCGAGGGCCCCAGGAUGUCUGCCUGGUCCCUUCUCACUGUGAGGACGCCUUUGGCACACCUUUCUCAAGUCACAAAUUAUUGCAGUUACAUACAGAAUUGCUGACAGGAGCAGGAGACACUGAGGGAAACAGCUGGCAAUGUGACAAAAGUCUUUUCUGGGACAACAAUCAAAUCAUGUAUUUGUAUUUUUUUAAGUUUACCAAUGAAUUGUACAACAAUGUAAAAAUAAAGUUCAUCCUAAUAUGCUGUGCACAUCUUGCUUAAAAAUGUCUUCAGCACCCAGUGCAGUGAUCUUUCCCUCACACACUGCAUGCGGCAGGAGCCUCUUGUUUUUUUUAAUGAGCUGAAAAGACAGAUGUUCACAGCUGAUGCUGGGUGUUGACUCAGCGCCACGGGAAGCUCUGUGCCCGCAGGUAAGCACGCAGUCUUACAGUUCUCCUUGUAAAAUAUCACCCUUCCUGCCUGAGAAACCAGUACAUUUGUAUUUUAUGUAACAACAAUAGUCAAGGCAGCAUUGCAACACUGAGCAGGGUGAGGUGGGGGUGCUGAGCACAGGACAAGAGGGAGGAGGCCUGCCCUCCAUUCAGAUGCAUCUGUGUCGCCCUUCUGUGUGCAGUCACAUCGAGACUGCACACAGCAUGCAUCUCCUCUUGGAAAAUAUCUUUUGCCUCCGAGUUGUUUUAAGCAAUUAGAAUCAGGUCCUGAAUUCCCCAGACUGUUCAGAGACUUCAAGGGACACCUCCCUCACAAGAAGCCUGGCACCCCCACUGUGUACCUUUGAGAGGAAAGGAGUGCGUUUGUUUUCAUCUGCAUUCUGUUUGUCAGUGGCAACAGACUCUAUCAAUGUAAAACCAUGGUUGUGAUCAUGUGGGGAAAUCAAAUAAAUCCUUUGAAACUC